AUGGAGGCCGAAGAGGACCCGAAGAAGCCGCAGGAAGAGCUCGCGUUCAUCAGCGUCGAGCCCGAGACGAGCAACGUGGCCUCGACAGAAGAGACCACAAGCACUGCAGCAGCUACCAGCGCGAAAACUAGCGACAAAGAAGCGCUGUUCACGUCUAUCCAGAAGGCAGUGACGCGUGCCAAGCAUCCCGUUGCAGCGUUUUUCCACUUGUUUUUCAAGGGGCUCGCGUUGUUCUUGUACCUCUUUGGCAGCAUCUUCAUCAGCAACUUUGUCUUCAUCUUUGUCGUGUGCAUCUUGCUCUUGGCUUUUGACUUUUGGACCGUCAAAAAUGUUACGGGCCGGCUGCUGGUAGGGCUGCGCUGGUGGAACAAGCUUGACGAAGAUGGCACGAGCGAGUGGGUGUUUGAGUCCCACGAAGUCAUGACGGAGAUCGAUCCGCUGGACUCGCGCGUUUUUUGGACGGGACUCUACGGCGCGCCAGCGCUUUGGGUCGCGCUGCUGAUUGUUGCGGUGCUCAAGUUUAACGUCGAGUGGGCCCUCAUUGUCGUGGUUGCUGUGGCCUUGAGCGGCGCCAACAUCAUUGGCUACACGAGAUGCAAGAAGGACGCCAAGCAGAAGAUGCAGUCGAUGAUAUCCCAGGGUGCGCUGGGCGCUCUCAGCUCGUCCGCUGGCUCGUCCAUUAUGUCUGCCAUUGGCGGACUGGCCCUUGGCGAAAGCAUUGGCAAGGGACUUGGCAGUGCAGGGCGUGGGAAAUUCAGUGAGUCGGAAGUCGUCGUUUGA